AGACGACCCAAAACCUCAAAAGGAUCGUCGUCUCAAGUAGUUGUUUCAAUCAUGGUGGUGAUGGAGAAAGCUGCCAUUCCGCUCCUUGCUCGCCCUGUAACUCGUGCCCUUGCCUCUGCUCUGCGUGCUUCUUCUAAACUCAUUACAUCUUCAGAAGUGUCUGCUAUUACACUCAUCAACCAGGGAAGAAUUCUGCGAGCAAACAAUAAAAGAAGAGCCUUGGAGGAUGGUAAGACAGCCAAGGCACCUAAGAAGCGAGCUGUUCUUAAGGACCUCACAAAUGUUACCUGCGACAAUUCUUACACAAGCUGCUUCAGUGCUGCUAUACUUCAGGUGGAGAAUAUCAAGAAGAUAAAGAAGGGAAGGGCAUGUUCUUCCAAGGAGGUAGCAUCAUCUUCUGCUACUUCGGAAGUUAUAGAUGCAAAGGUCAAAGUUGGGCCAGAUUCAGCAGGAGUAAGCUUGUCUGGCUGUACAGGCGCAAACGAAGCAUCUUGUAGCUUUUCCGGGUUGCCUCCAAGACCCUAUGGCAGAUCAACUUCUACUGCUGAGAGAAGUUGUGUUGGAGGAAGUUCUGAUGUGUCAAGUAGCCCAAAAUUCAUUGACAUUGAUUUAGAUGUUAAGGAUCCUCUACUCUGUAGCCUAUACGCACCUGAUAUCUACUACAACCUGCGUGUUGCUGAGCUAAAACGCAGACCACUUCCAGGUUUUAUGAAGAGAAUACAAAGAGAUGUGACUCAGACAAUGAGGGGAAUUCUAGUUGAUUGGAUUGUAGAGGUCUCAGAGGAAUACACUUUAGUACCUGACACUCUCUACCUCACAGUAUAUCUAAUAGAUUGGUUUCUGCAUGGGAACUACAUGGAAAGACAAAGACUUCAAUUGCUAGGCGUCACUUGUAUGCUCAUUGCUUCAAAGUACGAAGAAAUCAAUGCACCACGUAUUGAAGAGUUGUGCAACAUCACGGAUAACACAUACACAAGAGAUCAGGUCGUAGAAAUGGAGAGCCAAGUGCUCAAGCAUUUUAGCUUUCAAAUAUACACUGCCACUUCAAAAACAUUUCUCAGGAGAUUUCUCAGAGCAGCUCAAGCUUCUCACCUGAUGCCAAGUGUGGAAAUGGAGUAUAUGGCGAAUUAUCUGACGGAAUUGACGUUAAUAGAGUAUGAGUUCUUGAAGUACCUUCCUUCGGUUAUAGCUGCAUCAGCUGUUUUUCUAGCCAAGUGGACAAUGAACCAAUCAAGCCACCCUUGGAAUGCAACACUUGAGCAUUACACAACGUACAAAGCCUCUGAUCUGAAAGCAUGUGUUGAGGCCAUGCAAGAACUGCAGCUUAACACCAAAGGAUGUCCCUUAAACUUUAUACGCACGAAGUAUAGACAAGACAAGUUCAAAUCAGUGGCUGUACUCACCUCUCCAAAGCUACCUGACAUGCUAUUCUGAAAAACCGAGCGGUUUAACACGAAGAAGACAGACUGUAACAUUUUGUGAACUGGUCAUGGUCCAGUUCAUGUUCAGCUCUCUCUCUCUCUCGCUCUCAAAUAAAAAGAGUAGAGUAAUCUUUUACACGACGGUCUCAUAUGUAUAUUAAGAAUACUCGGUACAUUCCGGUUUAGUGUAAAUUUGUUUGGUUCUUCCAAACCUGAUUUGGUCGAUUUUGUUUUUUUGUUAAAUUGUAAGUCGGAUGGGAUGUACAUUUUUGUUUUUUUUUUCAUAUAGUCACG